UGCCCUUUAAUUCUCUUGUUUUCUCUGUUGGCUUACUCACACCUGCAAAUAUAUGAACUUGUUUCAUUUUCUUGUUUCCUCUUAACUUUCUUGAAGAAAACACAACUUUUUAGGGUGGUGGAUGGUGUUUCUUGAAAUUCUUGAAUAUGGGUUUUGCUUUAUUUGCCUCAAUUGUUGUUCUAACUUUAUUCUUCAGGUCAAAUCUUGGUCAACAACAAGAACAUCCCAUACCCAAUACAGAUGAGUUCUUCAUCUCUGAAUUCUUUAACAAAAUGGGCUCAAAUUCAUCAUCUUUUUCACAUAUUUUUAAUCUUUCUGCACAUGUUUGUUCAUGGGAAGUUGUGUUCUGUGAUGCUGAUCAAGAAAAUGUGAUUGGUUUAAUUGCUACAAAUUUGGGUCUAUAUGGUCCAAUCCCAGAUAACACUAUUGGCAAACUCAAAAAGCUUCAAUCUUUAGACCUUAGUAGUAAUAAUAUCACUAGUUUGCCUUCUGAUUUUUGGAGUUUGAGUUCACUCAAAAGUCUUAAUCUUUCAAACAACAAAAUCUCCAUGAAUCUUCCGACUAAUAUCGGGAACUUUGUUUCGCUUGAAAAGUUAGACCUUUCUUACAACAAUUUCUUUGGUAGUCUCCCUGAUUCCAUUAGCUCAUUAACCAGUUUACAAAUUUUUAACAUCAAUCGAAAUCGUUUCGAUUCCACUGUUCCAUUGGGAAUCAUAAGGUGCCAUUCAUUGAUUUUUGUAGACUUUUCUUGGAAUAGGUUCAAUGGUGUUCUUCCUGUUGGUUUUGGUUCACUUUCUAAGCUUAAAAGUUUGAAUCUUGCUGGAAAUGGACUCAAAGGAAAGGCUUCUGAUUUUAAAAAGUUGGAAUCUCUGACUUACCUUAAUAUUUCCAAGAAUUUUUUUCAUGGUUCAGUUAUUGAAAUCUUUAAGGGGGCAUUAGAAGUUGUUGAUUUGAGUAGUAAUCACUUUGAUGGUCAUAUUUCUCAGGUGAAUUUUAGUUCUCAUAUAGUUUAUCUUGAUUUAUCUGACAAUAAGAUUAGUGGGAAAUUUUUUACUAGUUUAAGUCGAACCCGUAAUCUCAAACACCUUAAUCUUGCCAAGAACAGAUUUUUAGAGCAAAGGUUGAUCAACAUCAAUUCACUUCAUAGUUUAGAGUACUUAAACUUGUCUCACACCAAUCUAGUCGGCCGAAUUAGCAAUGAUAUCUCGUUGUUAACUCGUUUGAAAACACUCGAUCUCUCGAGUAAUCAUCUAAGUGGUAAAAUCCCACUUUUGAGCUUGAAAACCCUCCAAAAUCUUGAUCUUUCAUCCAAUAAUUUAGUUGGGGAGAUACCCAUUUCUCUUCUGAAAAAGCUUCCAUGGAUGGAAAGAUUCAACUUUUCUUACAAUAAUCUUACCCUUUGUGAUUCUGAGUUUUCACCCGAGACCCUUAAAUCCGCAUUCAUUGGGUCAUCACAUCGUUGCCCUAUUGCUGCAAACCCGAAUCUGUUGAAGAAAAAAUCCCAUAUCCAUAGGGGACUAGAGUUUGCUUUAGCUUUAACCAUUUCAAUAAUCCUUUUCCUCGUGUCGUUGCUACUUUGUAUAUUUGGUUGUCGGAAAGAAACGGAAAUGUGGGCUGUCAAACAAGAUUCUUGCACAGAAGAGCAAGUUAUGUCUGGCCCGUUUACGUUCCAAACAGAUUCCACCACUUGGGAAGCCAAUGUAAAGGUUGCAACUUCAGUGCCUGUAGUGAUCUUUGAAAAGCCUUUGCUAAAUUUCACCUUCUCUGAUCUUCUUUUGGCUACUUCAAAUUUUGAUAGAGAUACCCUUUUAGCUGAAGGGCGGUUUGGGCCUGCUUAUAGAGGAUUCUUGCCGGGUGGCAUCCAUGUGGCGGUUAAGGUUUUGGUCCAUGGAUCCACCAUGACUGAUCAAGAAGCAGCAAGAGAGCUCGAGCAUCUUGGAAGAAUAAAACACCCGAAUCUUGUUCCUUUAACAGGAUAUUGUUUGGCGGGUGAGCAACGAAUUGCAAUUUAUGAUUACAUGGAGAAUGGAAACUUGCAUAGUUUGCUUCAUGAUCUUCCUCUUGGAGUUCAAACUACAGAAGAUUGGACUUCUGAUACAUGGGAAGUUGAUGAAUGUAACAAUAACAGGAUUCAAAACGUGGGGUCCGAAGGGUUGUUAACCACCUGGCGAUUUAGGCAUAAAGUUGCAUUAGGCACGGCUCGCGCAUUGGCAUUUCUACACCAUGGAUGUUCACCGCCCAUCCUUCAUAGAGACGUUAAGGCUAGUAGUGUGUAUCUUGAUUACAAUCUUGAACCAAGAUUGUCGGAUUUUGGACUUUCAAAAAUCUUCGGUAAUGAUCUUGAAGAUGAGAUCACUCGUGGGUCCCCUGGAUACAUCCCGCCCGAGUUUCUAAUGCAAGAUGAAAGCUCUUCACCAUAUGUGAUCACUCCAAAAUCAGAUGUUUUUGGAUUUGGAGUGAUUCUUUUUGAGCUGAUAACAGGAAAAAAGCCUGUUGAAGACGACUACCCGGAUGAUAAUUUCUCAAAAGAUGCAAACAUGGUGAGUUGGGUGCGAAAAUUAGUGAAGAAGAAUUGUGGGUCUCAGAUUAUAGACCCGAAGAUUCGUGGGACUGGAACCGAGGGUCAAAUGGUUGAGGCGUUGAAAAUUGGUUAUCUGUGUACAGCCGAUCUUCCAGCAAAGAGGCCGAGUAUGCAACAAGUAGUUGGACUUCUAAAAGAUCUUGAACAGUUAUGAAUCAAACUUUGAAAUGAAAUUUGGUUCUUUGUAUUGUGUUCUUAUUGGUUUUUUUCAUCUUUUUGUGAAGCUAUGUUUUGUUAGUUUUUUUUUUUUUUUUUUCGUAAUGGUGUACAGUUUUUCACCUAUCUUAUUGACCUUGUAUUUGUUGGUGGCAUAAACUCUUUUUAAGUUUGAUAUGUAAUUGUUUCUUAGCUUCUUUGUCUUAAAGAGAUUUUGCA